AGUCUGGGGGCAGCCGUAUUGGUGAGGUGCCAUUGGCGCCAUUGUGUACGCCCCAUUCCUCCAUAUUGAGGCCAGCCCCUCCUUCCUGCCGACUCAUGCCCUCACCCAUCAUGGCGGCCGCGUUGCCGUGGUAACGGCCGCAUCGGUCCUGCGCCGCCGCCAUUUUUCGUUCCAAGAUGGCGCUGGCGAGCGUGUUGCGGGCGGAGGCUCCGCUCCCGUCCCGUUCCCUCCUCCCGGGGCUCGCCGCGCCCCGGGACCCGGCAGGGCCCCCCGCCGGCAUCGCCGCCCCCCUCCUCCGGGAGCUGCCGCCGCUGCUGCCCGGGCCCGGCAUCCACCUCCUGCACGGCACCACCACCCUGGCCUUCAAGCUGCCCCAUGGCGUGGUGCUGGCCGUUGACUCCCGCGCCACGGCCGGCUCUUAUGUGGCGUCGCAGUCAGUGCAGAAGGUGCUGGAGGUGAGCGCACGGGUGCUGGGCACCCUGGCUGGCGGCGCUGCUGACUGUGCCUUCUGGCAGCGGGUGCUGGCACGGCAGUGCCGUGUGUACCGCCUGCGUCACCGGCAGCACGCCUCGGUGGCUGCCGCCGCCAAGCUGCUGGCCAACAUGGUGUACCAGUACAAGGGCAUGGGGCUUAGCAUGGGCACCAUGAUCGGCGGCUGGGACAAGAGGGGGCCUGGCCUCUACUAUGUGGACAGUGACGGCACACGCGUCCCAGGCACCGCCUUUGCUGUGGGUUCGGGCUCGCCCUAUGCCUAUGGGGUGCUGGACCGCGGCUACCACCCGGAGCUGGAGCUGGAGCCUGCCUGCGCCCUGGCGCGCCGCGCCAUCUUCCAGGCCGCGCACCGUGAUGCCUACUCAGGCGGCCGUGUCUCCGUCUACCAUGUGGGGCCUGAGGGCUGGCGCCGCGUCUCCUGCGACAAUGUAGCUGAGUUGCAGGAGCGCUAUGGGGCCGAGUGGGACGGCAACGAGUGAAGGAACAGUGUGGAACAGGCGGGUGGG